GCUGUGAAAAGUACGCAACUAUCUUGCGAAACAUCUGUAAUUUACAUUCUCUAGUACCUUGUUUGCAGGGGACAAACAUUGUUGUCCAUGUAUGUCAGCGCCCUUAUCUCCUUCUCUUGUCGUCUUUUGUUUAUUGGAAUAUAAAAACUCCAACGGACACCAGCGUCGCGUACACAAACGAAAUCUCCAUCAACCAUGACGCGCUCUCUAGGAUUCAUUGUGUUUGCGUGUCUCCUGGGAGCAGCUAUCUGCAAGCCCAGCCCGUAUGCGAUCGCUGAUGCCGAAGCACUGGCCACACCUAGUGCUCUCGCUGAGGCAGUCCCUACGGCCUUGGCGAGCCCUGCACCUCAAGAUCUUGAUGGAAUACUUAUGAUGUUAACCGGAGCUGUUACUACAGUUCUCGCACCUGUUCUCAUGCCUGUCAUGAUGUUGCUGAUGCCUCUCACGAUGGUUUUGAACAUGCUUGGGGCACCCCUGUUGCCACUCCUUCAACCCGCGUUAGAUCCCAUUAUUGGAGGUCUGGAACCUGUCUUUGAUGCACUUGGACUUAAUCCAACGAAAUAGUAUUAGUCACAUCUGUAUCCAUCGAUUUAUAAUAUCAAGAGUCAGGAUUUAAAUUUAUAAUUAUGUUACAAGCUUAUUGUUCACUUAUUUUUGACUUACAUUUGGUUUUAUGAAUAUAUUGUGGAGAAACAUUUUACCAGUAGACAUUGUAAUCACUAUAAGGAGGUUAUUUAUAAAAUUAAUUACUGAAAUGUAAAUAACUGAUUGAUUGUUUAAUGUUUGUAUGAUAGAGCAUUUAUUCUUACUACAUAUGUUCUAAUAUUCCAAAUAUUACAAAAAAACUCGAUAAUGCAAGCCUAUUCUAAAUAAAACAUAUUUUAUAUUUAUUUUCUUUAAAACAUAAUUGUUCCAAUUUUCAAUUAUUCAAAUCCCUAAUUUAUGCUUUUCGUAACUAUUUCUUUACUAUCAGGCAUUUUAAAGUUAAUCUAUUGUAUAUGUUUUAUACCACUUUUGUAACCCUUCUAAAACAAAUAAGUCAAUAAUUUUACCAGGCUUUUUUCCAGUUACCACUUUUUUCAAAUAGAAUAAAUUCUAUUUAACCGUGAGAAUUAAGUACAUUACGUAAUUUAGUCUUGCACAAAAACUUUAAAUACUGAACUGUUCUCCUGAAAAACACCAUGCUUAAACUUUAGAAAUAUUUGUACGCUCUUGAACAGUAUUAUGAUGAGUUGGUAAAGUGUUUCAAUUUAAUGUACGAUAGAAAACUAAUUUUGAAUUUUAAACUUACAAGUUAAACCAAUAAAAUCUUAAGUGUUGAAAAUGUUACUAACACCAAAAUCCAUAUUUUAACACUGUUUUAUAAGCUUCUCACACGUAAAUAAAACAACUUUUAUAAUAAACUUGACUAAUGCUGUUUAUCUUUCUCUCCUUUAAAUGCAACCUAAACGUCUCAGUUAAAAAGUUCAACGAAUACUGUAUUAUUUACAAAAAUGGACCAAUUAGAAGUAUUUUGGGAAUUAUUAUAUUAAUAUUGGACCAUGAGUUUUAUGUAUUUGAAAAUCAAUAUAUUAUAAUCAAAUAUUGUUUUCUCACUGCAUUUAAAUCUUUAAUCAUAAUAUAAAAGUCGCUCAAUGAGUUGCAAGUUGGCCGUAAGAGCUGUAUUAAGCUUAUUUACGUGAUUACUAUUUUGAUGGCAUUGGCCUUCUUAAGGAGUAUUCUUCCACGGUGGAUUUCUGUGUCAAUUCCUGAAACAAGGACUCAUGCCUGAAAAAUGAGAUAUUUUAUCUUUUAGGAAUACCACCCUUGAACAGAAUUCAGUCAGCCAUUAAUAUAAGCUUUCUCUUGAGAUCAGCUUACCAGAUAUGCAUCUUUAGGUAGUUUGAAAGUGUUUUGUGUGAUCUAGUGUCAUAAUCAGUAAUAAUUCACAUGCUCUUCCAGACAUGUCGUAUUUGGACUGCAAUUAUCAACUCAGAAUAAAUCUACCUUUAAUUCACUGAGGACUCUAUCAUUUGAACAUAGUGAAUUUUUGAACUUUUGCCUUUAAUUUCAUCAUCGUGCCUAUCGAAACUGAGCAGCUAUCCAUAAGUCUUAUUGAUAGAAUAUUGUUUUGUCUAUAUUUCUAAUCUACCUAUUUCAGUGUAAUAUGUAAACAAUUAUUUAUCUGUACAUGUCUAUUAUCUC